GAUCACAUUUUUUCUUCGGAUCUGACCUUUGCACGCCUGCCUCUUCUUCCUCCUCCGCAGGAACUAGGGUUUCGUCGAGACUCCUCCGCCACGAUGUCUAGCUUCAGCGGCGACGAAACUGCCCCUUUCUUCGGAUUCCUCGGCGCGGCCGCAGCCCUCGUCUUCUCCUGCAUGGGGGCGGCGUACGGCACGGCGAAGAGCGGCGUCGGGGUGGCGUCCAUGGGUGUGAUGCGGCCGGAGCUCGUGAUGAAGUCGAUAGUUCCCGUUGUCAUGGCCGGAGUCCUGGGGAUUUACGGUCUCAUCAUUGCGGUGAUCAUAAGCACCGGGAUCAACCCCAAGGCCAAGUCGUACUACCUUUUUGAUGGGUAUGCCCAUCUGUCUUCUGGCUUGGCUUGUGGUCUUGCAGGACUUUCAGCUGGUAUGGCCAUUGGCAUCGUGGGAGAUGCUGGAGUCAGGGGUUCCCUUGCUGCCUUGGCAAUUCAUCGGCAUGCUCCAAUUAUUGCAAGUGGUUCUGCUAAGCAAAUUGUGAAGGUUUUCAGUCUAAAAGGAGAGCAGCUAAGCAUCAUCAGAUAUUACCCUACUUUCAUGGCUCAGAGAAUAGGUUCUGUUAGCUGUCUCACUUUCCACCCGUACAGAGUACUCCUUGCUAUUGGUGCUGCCGAUGCCUGUGUAUCUAUCUAUGCAGAUGACACUUACCAAACAAGAUGACUUGCUUUUGGCAACGUUCAAACCUUCAGACCUGAUUAAGGAACAUGGAAAUUUCAAUUUAAUAAUCAAGGAGAUGGUAACUGCAUUUGCCCCAGAUUGUGACAUCAGGCUGCACAAUCCUGCUUUGAAUGUGAAAUUUGUAUCUUACAGUGUUCGUUA